CAGCCUUUCAACCGACAACAUAGCUCUCCGCUGAUUGGCAGGAGAUAUAGUAGUAGCAUUGGCAUCGGGGCCUUUUUACCCACAUCUGUUAUCACAUAAAGCAAAACAAACACAUAGCGUGUGUGCGGUUCUUUUAUCUACACCAAGGGUCGGAAAACAAGUAGGGAAGAGGUGAGCAGAGGGAGGCUGGCGCUGGAACACGAUCUUUCCUCCUGUUAUCGGUAGGUGACAGACCUAAUCGGGUGUUUUCCCUGUAAAUGUUCCAAGGUUCAUCGGACCGCCCCGUAAACACGGACGACCUGAAGAAACUGAAGUACCUGGAGUGUGUGAUCAAGGAGGCUCUGCGCCUCUUCCCCUCCGUGCCUUUCUUCGCACGCACCAUCUGCGAGGACUGUCAUAUCAAGGGUUUUAAGAUUCCCAAAGGCGCCAAUGCCAUCAUUGUCACAUAUGCGCUUCACCGAGACCCACGAUAUUUCCCUGAGCCUGAGGAGUUCCGGCCUGAACGGUUCUUACCGGAGAAUUCCGUAGGCAGGCCUCCCUACGCCUACAUCCCCUUCUCUGCUGGACUCCGCAACUGCAUUGGUCAGCGGUUUGCCCUGAUGGAAGAAAAAGUGGUUCUAUCCUCCAUUCUGCGGAAGUUUACCAUCCAGUCGCUGCAGACGCGAGAGGAGCUGCAACCCAUAGGAGAGCUCAUCCUCAGACCAGAGAAAGGCAUCUUGAUCAAACUGGAGAGGAGGGAGACUUCCUGAAAGCAACUCCCGCGCACAGAUGUCUAACCCCUGAGAUGAGAUGUUCUUUAAAGGUCUUCAUUUUACUCAGUUUCACCUUUCUUUUUGAAGGUGAUUUUGUUUUUUUUUUACUUUUUAUGGCUUACGUUACUAUGAAAGUAAAAAAUAUGAU